GAAGCAACCGAUUUGACUUCGGGACCUGCGUUUGAGUCCCAGGUGAGGUCAUUGCUUGACAGAUCCAAACCCCACAGACCCGUUUCGAGCGGAGGAUAUCAGGGUCACCGUGGGCCUGAUGCGCUCGUGGGUCGGUGGGCAACUGUCCGGGAUCUUGUGGAGGGUGUUAAGGACGCUGAGAUACCGUCUCUGGAAGAAUCCCACCAUUUAUUGGAUCAGUUCCUUUACUACCUGGGUGUGAGCCAGCAUUUUUUUGACCCUCGCUCCUUCUCCGAUUCGAUGGUGUUGCUUUUUCAAACGCCAGAAAUUUGUGAGGCGCAGAAACAGACGACUUGGUAUACAGAGUAUUUGCUGGUAAUGGCCAUGGCGCAGCUUAUGGAUGUUGAGCAGCCCACAUCUCAGCCACCCGGGGCAGAUUUGUUUGCUGAAGCCUUGAGACGGGUACCUCCAAUGCAGAGCCUUGGUGAAGAAGGGAUUAUUGCUGUGGAGAUCCUCACAUUGGUUGCAACAUAUCUACAAUGGUGUGAUCGAAGGCAUGAUGCUUACCUCUACAUUGGUCUUGCCCUUAGGCUAGCUAUUGCACUUGGAUGUAAUUUGCCGGAAGACGAACAGACAUGUCUACCCUCACAGAGUGCCCACAGAGUUAGGUUAUGGUGGACAGUCUACAUGUUAGAUAGACGCCUAUCAUCGGGUCUUGGAUUAGCGGGCGGGGCCGAUGAACGCCAACUUCGAGCAGGGUUUCCUCGGCAUGCCGUAGGUUUUACAUCCCCGGUGGCCAUCAUCAUAAACGUCCGGAUUGCACGAAUAACGGAUGAGAUCAUGUGUUCAUUAUAUGGCAAUAAUUCCAUCACCCAAUUAGAACUUGUGAGGAAGAUCCAGGCUGUACUCCAGGAGCUGUACAACAUAGGCAGGUCUUUCCCUCACUCACUUGUUUUGGACUUCAAUCAUCCGCUAGGAAGAGUGACACGCACGGGAUCUUCCCUCUACCUCAUGUUGUUCCAGGCAAUCAUACUUUGCAUUAGACCAAUACUUUUGAGAAGGGUCCGUUUGGAGGUUCAAAGACAGCAAGAAUCACUGCCCCCCGAGCCAAUGCCGGAAGUUCUAGCCAGACUUUGUGAGACAUGUUAUGAGGCAUCAACGCGGAGUUUGGCCAUUCUAUACAGUCUUCAACAGCAACGAAUCAUUCCACGCUAUGGAUUCUUUGAUUUAGAUGCAACUUUUUCCGCCGCCUUUGUUUUGGUCAUGACCGGGUUCGCAGAGAAUGUUAAAGAGCAACCGCCCCCUGCGUUGGACCAGGCAUUCCAAGUUCUACAAUUCCUCUCCCGGGCCGGGAAUCUAGCAGCCGAGCAACGAUUCCAUGAUAUUGCACAAUCAUGUUCCCAUGUCUGGCCAAACUAUGUUUUCCAAGGCGCACCUCGUGGGACUCAGACUAGAGAGAUAGGUUCAGUAAAAGACAGAGUCCAACGUGCGGUACCCAGGCAAGGAUCCACUAGAAGCAGUGGGUCGCAUCCCUCAGCUGCUCUACCGUACGCGAGUAUGGCUCAAGACUCUGUACAGUAUUACCCGGAUGAAAGCGGGCUACUAGAGUCCUGGAACCAUGAUGAAAACUCGAGUGCAGCGUUUGACAUCCAGGGAGACUGGGGUUUUGAUUUGACUGGUGAAGCUGAAGGGAUAUAUUCCAGCUUCCACAACCCAACUAUGCCGUUAACGGGGGUGGAUUAUAUGGAUUGGCUUGAAAUUGAAAAGGUCUUCAACACUGAGGGCACUUGA